AUGCUGGCGCUGGACGUCUUUCUCUUCGGAUUAGUGUAUCGCUACGCAGUUCGCACGGGAGACGACAAUCCCAUGCUGCGGCUAGGCGUGUUGGGCGCUUUUGCUUUGCCGCGCGCACUGUUCCUUGUGCGCAUGCCGGCGGAAUGCCAGGCGCUUCCUCUCAGCUGUGGCCCACCGCUCGGUUAUUUCAACUGGGACAUGCUGGCCCAGGUCGCGUGGCAUUUCUUUUCCGGCACACUGGUCUUCGCCGUGGCGCUUUACGGGUUGGAGCGUGCAAUAGCCACAGGCUUCGUACGCCGCUUCAACUCGUCCUGA